AUCGGGUCGCUACUACCGCAGAGAGCGCGCGGGAGCCAGCGGCCCGAGCCGGCGGCGGGCGGGAGGAGAGCCGCAGCGGCCCGCGCGGCCGCGAAGUGGGCAGAGGGGCCCUCGGCCCGGAGACCCCGCCGCCCCGGCCCUCCGUCCUGCACACGAGCUCCGGCCGACCUGCGCCCGGAGCGCCCCCGGCCGUCCUUUCUGCCACCAUGAGGAACAUCUUCAAGAGGAACCAGGAGCCCAUUGUGGCUCCUGCGGCCACCACCGCCACGAUGGCAGCUGGGCUUGCAGACAACUCCACCGAGAGUGGGGGCACCGGGCAGGGCGGCAGGGACAUGUUCACCAGUAUGAAGGACAAGUUCUUCAAUGAGCUCAACAGUCUCCCCCUACCCUCCUGGGCGCUGAUUGCCAUUGCUGUGGUCGUCGGCCUCCUGCUCCUCACCUGCUGCUUCUGCAUCUGCAAGAAGUGCUUCUGCAAGAAGAAGAAGAACAAGAAGGAGAAAGGCAAAGGCAUGAAGAACACCAUGAACAUGAAGGACAUGAAAGGUGGCCAGCCCCUGCAGGAUGACGAGGAUGCAGAGACGGGCCUGACCGAGGGAGAAGGUGAAGGAGAGGAGGAGAAGGAGCCGGAGAACCUGGGCAAACUGCAGUUUUCCCUAGACUAUGAUUUCCAGGCCAACCAGCUGACGGUCGGUGUUCUUCAGGCAGCCGAACUGCCGGCCCUGGACAUGGGAGGCACCUCGGACCCUUAUGUCAAAGUCUUCCUUCUUCCAGACAAGAAGAAGAAAUACGAGACCAAAGUUCACCGGAAGACACUGAACCCUGCCUUCAACGAGACCUUCACCUUCAAGGUGCCGUACCAGGAGCUGGGGGGCAAAACCCUGGUGAUGGCCAUCUACGACUUCGACCGCUUCUCCAAGCACGACAUCAUCGGGGAGGUGAAGGUGCCCAUGAACACCGUGGACCUCGGCCAGCCCCUCGAGGAGUGGAGAGACCUGCAAGGCGGGGAAAAGGAGGAGCCAGAGAAGCUGGGCGACAUCUGCACCUCCCUGCGCUACGUGCCCACGGCCGGGAAGCUCACCGUUUGCAUCCUGGAGGCCAAGAACCUGAAGAAGAUGGACGUGGGCGGCCUUUCAGACCCCUACGUGAAGAUCCACCUGAUGCAGAACGGCAAGCGCCUCAAGAAGAAGAAGACGACGGUGAAGAAGAAGACCCUCAACCCGUACUUCAACGAGUCCUUCAGCUUCGAGAUCCCCUUCGAGCAGAUUCAGAAAGUCCAGGUGGUGGUCACUGUGCUGGACUAUGACAAGCUGGGCAAGAACGAAGCCAUCGGCAAGAUCUUUGUGGGCAGCAACGCCACGGGCACAGAGCUGCGGCACUGGUCUGACAUGCUGGCCAACCCCCGGAGGCCCAUCGCCCAGUGGCACUCGCUCAAGCCCGAGGAGGAGGUGGACGCGCUUCUGGGCAAGAACAAGUAGGCAGGGCGGCCGGGCUGCCCGCCCCGGACACUGGCGAGAUCCAGAGCUAUCAAUACCUCAGUUACGCAACCUUAGAGGUUUUCUUUCUCAUUGGUUUGUGGUUGUGUCCUCGUUUUUCUGUCCUUUUUCUCUUUGUAAAGACCAGCCUCCCUCGAAUAGCUGUGUGAGGAGAGUCCCCUCAGAGGCGAGAGAAGACUGGCUCUUGUCAGUGUCCCACGAGCUGUCCCCGCUGCAUGCCCUGUCACCUGCCCUUCAUGCAUUCAGAGCUUCAUGUACACCUCACCCUGAGAAAGUCGCAGCAUUUCCUGUUUGUUGCGUGUUCUGGACCAACAGUAUGACAAGCCAGCCCUGCUUCCCAACGGGAAGGCCACACAGCGGCCCGUGGGUGCACGCGUGUGCGUGUGCGUGUGCGUGUGCAAGCAUCUCUCUGCAUUCCUGGAAUGAGCCACAGACAGGGGAGCUGUGCGGGGAGAGAAGGCGCCCCAAGGACCCCGAAA